AGGUGACCGUGCAGGUCUCCGAGAUAGAGCCGGCGCGGGCCGGCGGCCGCGAGCGCAGCGACUCGGGCCGCGGACGCAGCGACUCGUCGCUCUCCAGCGGCGGCAGGGCGCUGCCGGCCACGUACCAGGCGAGGGGCGGGCAGCAGGACCUCAACGGCGACGUCUCCUUUCCCACUGGCGCGACCUGCCGGUUUGUGCAGACGACGCUGGGCUCGGGCUGGCGCCUGCGCUUCGAGGUGCAGGACGAGGGCCUGAGCAUGAGGGCGGUGCCCCUCGCCUUCGCGGAGAUCGGCGCCGACGACCUGGCGCGGCAGGGCGAAUGGCGGCUGCUCCUCAGCGACCCGCGCACCUACGAGGCCGUGUACGGCGGGCCCAACGAGGCGGGCGUGGUGCGGGCGCCCGCCUUCCUGCUGGUGCACACGCAGGCCUUCGUCGCGUUGGCGCAGGACCCCACCCCCCGCGGCGGUGCCUCCAGCGCCGCCCCUGGCCUGCUCCGCGUGUGGCGCUGA